AAAGGUUUAAUUGCUUGCAAUUUUCUCAACCACCAAAAUGUAGAACCUAUGACUCCACAAAAACACUGUUUUUCAGUGAAGGUGUUGGGUAAGCCAAUUAGCGUUGAAGCAUAAGGGCGUUGAUGGAGAGUCUCAAGUUUGCAUCUUUGGCGCUGUCUCCUUAUCGACGCUCUGGGAUGUUAGGGAACCGGUUGAAUUCCCCUUUACUUACUAUUGAUUCUGCAGCGCAGUUUUGUUAUUGCAAGGCUGAUCUUGGUGCUGCAUCAUCAAGUAUUCCACUGCCAAAUAUCAGAUUUUCUUGUAGAUAUUCACCAAGUGUAGCAACAGCAACAUGGACCUCAAAUCCUUCUACCAAACAUUGGAUAUUGUGCUCAACUGCACAGAUAGAAAGUAUAAUCACAAGUAAUGAAGAUCAAAGCACGUGGGAAGCAUGUAAACAAGCUCUUUCUGCAUUUAACUUCAGUGAUGAAGAAAAGGACAAGAUACUUGGGAAAGCAUUUGGUCUUGUUCAUUCCCCUUAUUGGGGAGAAGAACGUACGAUGGAAAUUCCCAAAUUUGAGACAGUAAAUGGAAUACUUGACUAUCUAAGGAGUUUAAAUCUUUCUGAUGAUGAUCUGUCUAAGUUGCUUAAAAAGUUUCCAGAAAUUCUUGGAUGUAAUUUAGAGGAAGAGUUGAAAGGCAAUGUAAAGAUCCUGGAGGAGCAGUGGAGUAUUAACGGAAAUUCUCUUAAGAAACUUCUCCUUAGAAAUCCAAAAGUGUUGGGUUAUAAUGUUGAUUGCAAGGGAGACUGUAUAGCACAAUGCACUAGAUGCUGGGCUCGAUUCUAGAUGAUUGGGUGAGAUGUAUCUUUUUGUUGACUGGUGCAUAAUUUUUGGUUCAUUCAUUCACCUUCUCCAACAUAAAUGGAAGACAUUUGUACUUGUAUAUGAAGAAAUGUUCUCACUUUCUAGGAUACCAAUAACUAGUUCAUUCUCAAGUUGAAGAGGUCUGUUUAGCAAUUAUGAUUUAGACACUAUUCUGAAUUGUUGAUUGAUGUAAUAGUGUCCAGACCAAUAAGGUUGUUUGUAAAUCAUGUUCUUGUGUUGAAAGAUGUUCAAUAUUGUUGAUGAGCUAUAAAUAAUAUUUGAUACCAAGUUGACAAUAAAAA